CCCUCCAUGCAUAAGUCUGAAGUUCAUGAAUCUUACUUCAAAUGUAUUUUGUGAGGAAAUUAGCCCUAAGUUAAGCAAUAUGUAAUUGUGGGAUAUCUUCAGGAGCAUGAGCCUUGCUUAAAAUUCAGCCAUCCCUGAUUUAUGCAUUGAUCAAACCAUUUGCUGGUGUGUAUUUUGCUCAGCACCUAUUCAGUUCUGUGGGGUUUUGAGGACUUGGUAGUUCUGGGAGCAAGAAAGAAGGAAAGAAACAAUCCCAGCCUGCGUCCUCCUGCCAGUCUCAUUGGAGGGGUAAAUAUCCCUGUAUUGAGAAAUACGCACUCUUGCAAAUCCACGUCACCUUUCUUUCCAGGAGGCCCAAUAUCCCAAGUGUGGAGCUAGAGCUUGAGAAAAUUAAAUGGAAUAAAUGGUGAGUUAUCUGAGCAUUUCUCACCCUUUCUCUGUUUUGUGUAGAUGUGCACCAGGGUAUUUUGGGAAUCCCCAGAAGUUUGGAGGUAGCUGCCAACCAUGCAAUUGUAAUGGCAAUGGCCAGUUGGGUACCUGUGACCCCCUAACUGGAGACUGCAUAAGCCAAGAACCCAAAGACAGCAUUCCUGCGGAAGAAUGUGAUGAUUGUGACAGCUGUGUGAUGACACUCCUGAAUGAUCUGGCCAGCAUGGGUGAAGAGCUCCUCCUGGUCAAGUCUCAAGUGCAGGACCUGAGUGCCAGCUCAGGCGCUUUGGAACAGAUUCGACACAUGGAAACCCAGGCCAAGGACCUGAGGGUAAAUUCCCCCUGGGAUAGAGGGAGAGUCGAAUGACAGCUGCUCAGUGAACACAGCUGUGCCUUGGUAUCCACAGGGGUCUGGUUCCAAGAACCCUCACGAAUACCAAAGCCUACUGAUGCUGAAGUCCCUUAU